AUGGCAGACACUAUGUAUCCCGUGCAGAAACCAUGGCUGUUCGAUUUACGCUCGUCAAAGCAACUCAUCGGCCUGGCUGUCUUUGCCACGACCUUCACUGAUGGCUUUCUCUACGGCAUCGUUGUAUCUGUUCUUCCAUUUUCCCUUACCGUCCGCUCUGGGGUCCCCGAAUCCGAAGUUCCAUUCUGGACAUCAACCUCCCUAGCCAUCUUUGGUCUAGCAAUGGUACUGAGCGCCCCGAUGGCAGGCUGGAUUGUCAGAAAAUGCGAGAAACGCCAGUUACCAUUCCUGGGCGGUCUUUCUUGCGCGUUUGGAGCAACUCUAUUCUUCAUGAUCGGGACCAGGCCGUGGAUUAUCAUUGUGGCAAGGACUUUUCAAGGACUGUCUGCGAGCGUGGUCUACACUGCUGGCCUGACGCUGUUGGUGGAUACGAUUGAGUCGCACGAGCUGGGACCCUGGAUUGGAUUUGGACUCUCUGGCAUGAACUUUGGAGUGCUUGUAUCACCUACUCUCGGAGGAAUCGUUUAUGAGAAAGCAGGAUUCUAUUAUGUUUUCGUCAUGGCUCUUGGGAUCAUCUUGAUUAACUUAGUACUGAUUCUGCUCAUCAUUGACAGAAAGGCUGCUGAGAGAUACAGAGCGGAGUUUGAUCCAGAUGGAGUUUCAGCCGUUCGAAAUGGAAAUCAUGCGAAUAAGUCUACUACGCAUGGUAAGCGACGACUGUCCAGGGUUGAAAACGGCGACUUGAAUGUCACCACGCCGCUGCUUUCACGCCGCAGAGAACCCACUGCUGAAGUUACAAUACAUGCUACCUGGUCAUCUAUCGUUGGAGGAUUUGUUCGAAACCCUCGUAUAGUCGCUGCACUAUAUGGCUGUCUCAUUAACACUAUCCUUAUGAGCUCCAUGGAUGCCGUCCUGCCGAUCUUUGUUAAGCAGACCUUCCACUGGCUAUCUGGUGCAACAGGGGCAAUCUUCUUGAAUUUGACCAUACCAUCCCUUAUUGGUCCAUUUAUAGGAAUGGUUUCAGACAAAUAUGGUGUCCGGCUGAUCUCGGUCCUCGGUUUUACUUCCGCAGCGAUAGGCGCCAUGUUUCUCGCACUGAUACAAAACGACGAUAUUACAAGCAAAGUGUUGGCAUGCAUAUUCUUGUUCGUUGUGGGUGUGGGCCUCAAUACCUCGUUGACUCCUCUCGUCACGGAGAUACCUCGGAUUGUCAAUCGUCUCCAAGACGAGCAGCCUGAUGUGUACGGAGAUGAGAGUGCAGUUGCUGAAGGCUAUAUGCUUCUUGAUGUUGUCUUCGGUGCUGGGACUCUCCUAGGGCCCUUAAUAUCAGAACACGCUUUCGAGAGAUUAGGAUGGACCGGAUGCACUGCUGUGAUGGGACUUUUGAGUACCUCAGCUAUCCUUCCAGUAACAAUGUAUCUGACCCCUAAUCGAAAGGGCUCUUUGAGAAAUCCCGAGCAUUGA